ACCUAUGGACGCAAUGACAUUUUUUCUGUAUCUUAUCGCUGAAAAGUUUCAUUUAUUCAUUCUCAGCCUGAAUGGACAAAUUUUACUGAAUCAUGCUGUAGCUCUGACAGAUAAAAUAUUCAGCUCGAACUGGUACGACAUUCCGGUAAAAUAUCAGAAGUCACUUUACAUGAUGACAAUAAGAUGCAGCAAAGCAUGCAUGCUGAGCGCCGGCGGAUUGUAUGACAUGAACAUCGAGAACUUUGGAAAAGUACGUGUUGAUACUAGCACUGAUAAACCUGUUACGUUUGAAAAUACGUUAAUGACAAAUCUGUUGUAUUUAAAAGACAGUUAAGGCAUGCAUAUCGUAUUUCACGAUGUUUCUAUCAGUGAGAGGAUAAUGUUUACAUCUAUAUAUGUACGUAUUUAACUGAUCGCAACCAUGAUGAAAACAAAAUGGAACUUUAGCGUAAGUUGUUACUCUGAUAAUCUGUAUCCUUUACGUGAUGGUAUGUUAAUUAAGAUUAUAAGGAAAUGUAAACCGACAACACAUAUACAAAUAAAAUUGUUUAUUCAUAUUCUGUCUUAAGCAAAAUCAUCACACUAUAUUUUUGCCUAAUAAUUGAACGCAGAAAUGAAGUUAUGCAAGAUGAAUAUAGUUCAAAAUAAACACAAAACUAGAAAGA